CUCGUCGUCAUCCUUGGGAUCUUGGGCCUUCGAGCUCAGCACCGACCCUUCAUCCAUCUGGUCUCCUAGAGUCUUUUUUCUGUCUUCUCGUUCUUUUUUUUCUUCUUUUCCUGUCUUAGUAUUCGUCGGUCCCUCCACGACUUCGCAUAUCUGGCCGUGCCAGCCUGUGCGACAUUCGACAAAAAGGAAAUCGAUCCAAACCCGACUCGAGUUGUGCCUUGACCUCUUCUUGUUACCUUGCACCAUGUUGUCCUCCCGUGCCUUCGUGCUGCCUGCUGCCCUCCUGCUGGGCGCGGUGCAGCACGUCGUCGCGCAGACGAGCAGCUCCUGUAACCCCGUCACCAACGGCACAGGUUGUCCCACCGACCCGGCCUUCUCCACCGAGCACGAAUGGGUCUUCAACACCUCGAACGCCAUCACCUGGACCGACGACGGUGCCAACUUCACCAUCUCCGAGAAGGGCGACUCCCCGACCAUCCGCUCCGAGUUCUACAUCUUUGGUGGUCGUGUCGAGAUCUGGAUGAAGGCGGCUCCUGGCCAGGGCAUUAUUUCGUCCGUCAUGCUGCUGUCCGACGACCUCGACGAGAUUGACCUCGAGUUUGUUGGCGGCAACGGCACUGCCGUCCAGACCAACUACUUUGGCAAGGGUCUCAACAACAUCACCUGGGAGACCGACUUUGAAGUCUCGGGAGGCACCCUCGACGCCUUCCACAACUACACCGUCGACUGGACCAACAGCAGCCUCCAGUGGUACAUUGACGGCGAGCUCAAGCGCUCCCUGACCCCCGAGGAGGCCAACAACACACACAGCUACCCGCAGACCCCCAUGAGGGUGUACAUUGGUCCCUGGGCCGGUGGCGACCCAGACAACGCCGAGGGUACCAUCGAGUGGGCUGGCGGCGAGACCGACUACAGCAAUGGACCCUACACCAUGGCUGUUCAGAGCGUCAAGGUCACCGACUACGGCCGGGGUACGGCUUACAACUACACCGACAACAGCGGCACUUGGGCCAGUAUUGAGAUGCUCAACACCGACAAGAACUCCACGGCCGAAGAGACCCUGACCGCGGCGCCCACCGAGAGCCUGUCGGAAAAGUUCAACAACCUCUCGACAGGCAGCAAGUCGGCCAUCUUCGCCUGCAGCGGAGCCGCCGCGCUCGGUCUUGUGGCCUAUGCCGGCUUCUACUGCAUCCGCCAGCGCAAGAGGGGCACCAUGGAGGCCAAGAUGGCGGCGCAGAAGAUGGAGGACGAGCGCCUGGAGAUGGAAGGCUACAAGGCCAGGGGCAUCAACCCGGACGGAUUCUCCGAGGCCCAGCCCGAGUAUGACGCCAAGACGGGCAUCGCCACGCGCGAGGUGCAGGUUCCGGACUACAGCGAGCCCAACCACGAGAAGUUUGGGUCCAUGAGCAUGACGGCUGGGGGCGCGGCGGGCAUGAGCGCCGCGGCGGCGAGACCUUUGCUGCGGAACGGCCCUGCCGCUGCGUCGCCGCCGGGCACGCCCAACGGCUACAACACGCACGAUCCUUACUCGGACAGCUUCUCGCCCAUCGACAACAAUGGCUUCGGCGGCAUGCACAGCCCACCGCCUGGCAUGCCCCCCACCGCGCCCCUGCCUGGUGUUCCCAACCGCAGCUUCUCGAACCCCAACUCGCAGAUACAUGACGACGGCUUCGAGACCCACCCGCAGAGGAGCUUCUCCAACCCCAAUGGGGGCUAUGGCGCGGACCACUGGCGGUAA